GUUCAUUGUGUGGUUAAAAAGGAGCAAGAUGACACAGGCUGUUCGCGUUACGCCAUUUCUCCUGCUCGCAUCCUGCGUGGAGAAAGUGGCUGCACUUGGUCCGGCGAUAACGAGCCGAGCAGAUUUUUAUGGCGUGUCACUUCUUCAAUCACUUAAUCUAUCUUAGAUGAAAUCGGACAUGCACACUUUAUUUUUCGGUGAACAACAUCGUUUUUCUGUUUACAGUAGAAGAAGGGUCGUGGCUGGACAUGUUGAUGCUUCUAUGCUGAAUUUUUCAAAAUAGUAGUAGAUUAGAGUCUCACCAAAUUACAUCGACUGGCCGGCGAUCGAGGAGCCACAUCCACAUUGCCCACUUUUAAGAUUGCAUGAAGGGAUACUGGUGUAGUUUUUUUAGCUUGUAGUUGUAGUAAUAGCACCACGGCGUAUUAUUCAUCUAGAUCUAUCUGAACCGCGUCUAUUAGCUUGUAGAUCUAAAAGUUUUAGUUAGAAGUCGUAUUCUCGUCUAAAAUUUGGUGGUGGGGCAGGAAUAUGUGAUACGCCAGACGAAUCCUGGGGGCUCAAACUGCGACGACUGCUGGUGCACAUGUGAGGAUGCCUUUAAAAUUGAAGUCGACUCAGCAUCCGGGAAGACCACUUAUUUUAUGGGUACCGCCGACACACUCCCAUCUUUUACACAUUCUUUUUAGGGAGUUCCUCCUUGGAAUAAUCUUCUAAGAGAUGUCCUAGAAGAUGAGUUGUUGGUACAACCUCUAACGAUGCGGGUAUGGCCAGUAUUGCUGACGCUGACGGUGAAGGGCCUGCUAUGACGUUGUUAAGGCCCUUUCCUUAUUUCGCAAUCGUAACCAGUAAAUCAACAUAUAUCGAAGACUGGAUGCACAUCUACACGACCACGGAGCUCGUUAAUACAACAUGAGCAUUCUUCUCCCUCGUACUAUCUUAGAACAAGUAGAAGCAACAACUCGAACUCAAAUCCUUUCUAGGUCUAAAAAGUAAGAAGUUGAAGUUGGAUGUGAACAUAUGAUCAUAAAAACUAUUGCGAACGACUGGAAUGAAAGUAGCAGCGUAAGGCUGCGGACCUUGAUGAUGUCGUCUAAUCGUGCAAUGUGGCGAACCCAACUCCAAAUUAUACACCAUCGCAGAAUCUGCGGCAACGAGGUUGGUCUGGAGAGAAGUAGAGGGUGAAGUUGUUAAGGAAAGCACAAGUGCUACUAACUUUGAAUAUUAAUAUUUACAACUUCCCUGAAUGUAGUUCUAAACUACUCCGAGAAGAGUAAGUAAUAGAGAAGAACGCCCUUUCGUCUGGCGAGGACGAGCGGGCUCCUCUCCUUUGUAGGAGUCCGCACCCGGAAGGAUCAUGAAGAGUAUAGGACUGAAGGAACGAUAGGAAUGACCCAUACUUGGGUAUUACGUACACGGGCAUGACAUAGCAUGACCGCAGCCAAAUAAAGGGCUGGAGGAGAAAAGAACUCAAGAAUCACUCACAUCACUGAUAAGUGCGCGCUAGGAUCUCUAACGAUGACGAUCCAAACGAUUCAAGCAAGAAGAUACAAGUAACUGGCUACGGGUUGGGAUGCCCAAGAAGUCCCAAUAUCACAGAGGCAAACUGGCUGUGGAAAAAAAAUCAGAACGGCGACGGUAAGGGGAACGACGGUGCUAAGCCGAAUUCUCACUACUUUCUAUGCCUAAAAAACAUCAUGGACGCAUGGACAAAUUCGUCGUCGUCGGCCAAUAAUUCUCACCCUUCCUUGUAGAAUGACAAUGAUUAUGAUUACUCGCAGCUCGUCGCUCGAUAACAAGAAUAGUACAACUUCGUCAGCCUUUUUUAAAUACGACUUAAUAGCAAUGGUCGGUGACCAACGAGUCUGAGUAAGCGGCCUGUCUCUAACUUGUUUGAGAUCAUUUACGACCAGCAGAUUGUAUUUUCAAGACCCGAUUUGGAGCUGGCGGAAUGUGCCCGUGGAUCUCAUCGAGCCUGUUCCGGGAACGCCAAGCGGUCCGCAGAAAUUCUACUGGGUUAUGGCUUAAUGAAUUAUUAGUACUUCGAUCGAUAGCGUAACUAUGAGCUGUACGUAGAAGUGCUUCAAGAUUCGUCUUCGGCCGCUGAUUGAUAGUGACUGGUGGGCUACUGAUUGGGCGCCGGUGCCUGCUUCAGCUUCACUCUCACUCUGUCGGAUCCAGAACAGCCACGUCAUAAGAAUUAUUAGAUUGAUAAAAUAUAAUUAGGAUUAGCAUCAUGGGUGAUGGCCUUGAAGAUUCAUCAUAAUCAACUCGGUCACCAUGAUGGGUCUUACGUCACCAUGAUAAGACCAAGCCAUUGAUGACCCUGAUUGAGGAGUCACUGAUUAGGCCCUGAGAAUCAAUUUCCAGCAACGCUCCGCUCUUGCGCAUCAGGGAUUUCUUCUAACGAUUCCGCUGCCAGAAAAGAAGUCAGCGAAGCCACGCUACCGGUUACCCAAAAUACGAAGUAUUGCUUCCCGCUCAUGAGAGGUCCCACUGGUAUAGACACGAACUCCGCUGCCCGUCAUGGCCUUCGCAACUCAGUGAGAUUACGGACGGACAUCAUUCAACAGAUGAGCAGGAUUUAAAGAUCUCUAAAAGUUACUCAUGAUAUGGCUAAGUAUAUACUAGCCUCCACAAGCUUCGCCCGGCUUCAAGUUAGUUCCGCACUUUUCUGCGGCCUCCCACGGGCUACAGCCGCUAGAGUAGAGACAGCCCGCGGGUGAGCUGUUGCACCUUACGAAUUGACUACGACAAGAGCCGAGUGCCGGCGGUGCCUGACUCAGAUGCGUCGACUCAUGUGCAGGGCAUUGCGCUGCCUUCAGUUUUUUCAUGAGAUUGCCGGGGGGGUCAUGCAAAUCCUUAAGAAUUUGCAAGACCCCCGCGGCAGUCCAACAAAAAAACCAGAAGAGGGCCACCAGACACGCACGAGAAUCCGCAAGCCUCCACGUACGCAAACGCCCCGCGGUGGCGCCAGGCAAGAACGGGGGGCGGCCUUAACGGGCCAAACAAGACAAAGCAACGCAGGGCCGCACUGCUUGGGCCUCUCUACGCGCUUACACCUGGCGGGGCUUCUUUCUUUCGUCUGUUGUCUUUCGUCAGAAACAGACGGGCGCACUUCGCUGGAACUGCAUGAGAAUCAUCAAACUGAAAGGACUUGCUCCAGCCUUCGCAGGUAUAGCGAAGGGGGUACUGUUUCCAACUUGACUCCUCUGCGGGUCUAGUUUUCUAGGUUUUCAGUGUUCUAACAUUCUAUACCUUAGAGGCCACGAGCUUCAGGGAAGAGGUGAGGCUCUUUAUAGCCUCACCAGUUUGCAUUUGCAUAGCUUGGGCAAGUAAGUUCUUCGCUGUUCUUUUGUAGAUUCAAAAUGGGCGCCGAAGAUAAAACCACUGCUCGCCUAAGGCUUGCCUCGCUUCGGAGAUUGGCGCUGCGAGGUCUAUUCUCUGCUGGAAGAAGCAAGCAGGGGCGUCCACUUUGGGGACAUUCUGGAAAAUAAGCAGAAAGCUGAGGAGGUGCCUGCAUUUGAUGCAGUACAGGCCGCGAGUAAGCAUCUAAAGGAGGCCAAGACUGUAGCUCUGAACGCUCUGCUGGGUGGCUCGUCGGCUUUGGCAUUGGCUGUGGCUAAGAUGGCCGCUCCUCGGCACGCUCUUUCGAUCUUGUUCGUGGCUUCCUUGUGUCAAAAGUACGCAAGUCAAGAGGCCGGCGCCCGUCUCUCCGGGUACAGGCAGGCGAUGGGCCCGCAGCCUUCGGGUACGGAUGUCAUCAGCUGGACCGAAGGAAAAGCAGCCGCCAUGGCUGAAGCUCUGCAGAGUAAAACUGACGCUAGAGAGUCCGUGGCCGCGUGCGUCUUCAUUGGCGCCGAUAAGCCGCGCGGUGUAGUACCGUCUACCAUGUUCUUGGCGCGCCAAGAUAGAGGCGCCGCCUGAUGUCGUCAGCCUUGCUUUGCGCGAGUUCGCGGCUGCUCUGCAGGACCUCAGAGGAGGCGAACACGCGCAGGACGCUUCUCGCUGCGCGUGCAGUGGUAAGCCUGACGAAACAAGUCCAAUCCUUGAGGGAUAAACUUGCCCACAAGGGUAAGGGAAAAGGAAAGGGCAAAGACCCGCGCAAGAAAAAGGCGAAGAAGGGUGGGGGCUGGUGCUCGCACUGCAGCAAGUCUGGAUGUCUUGAGUCUGGGCGUUGGGCGAAAGAUCCCAGUAAAGCUCCCAAGAGCUUGCGGGACAAACUAAACAAGAAGAAAGCUGAGGGCAAUCCAGUCACUGUCGGCGAUGUUGGCUCCGUUCAGUCCGGAGACCAUCAGGAAGGCGCUGACAUGACUCCCAACGCUGAAGAACAAGGCGAAGACCCUACCAAGGUUCAAGAGCUGCGGCGCGUUCUUGCUUGUUCUCCGGGUGACUUAGCUCGCAUGGGGCUCAAGUCUGAGGAGACCAAGAAGAUGCGCGCGAAGGUUCUGCAGGCGGUGGAGCUUUACAACAAAGAGAAGGAGAGUGAGCGAAGAAGAAGAAGAAGACAGAUCCUCGAUGGCGGAUACUGCAGGCGACUGCGAGACGUCUGUCUUUGCUGGACCUCCCUGGUGUUGUUCGUCUGUGACUGGUGCGGAGGUAUCCGCCGCGGGCGUGCUAGGUAAUGCGUCAAAUUUUCAGCCUAUUCGGCAUCGGUUCAACGGGCAACAGCAAACCAGAGCAACAGUGCAAGAAAAUGAGGAAUCGAGUGACUCUCUGCCAGUUUCUGGGCUGUAUUUUCGGGCUUCGGAUGAGUGCCAACCGGUCUCAGGUGAGUCGGCUGGGGGCACUCUGGCGGGGGCAGUCUUGUCCCAGCAGAAUGAUCUUGGCAAAAGACCAAGGCGACAAAGAUCGUCGGCCUUAUGUGGGUCGGUAUGGACAGGGUCGGACUUGUGCACGGGUAUAAGUUCAGGCAGUUCAUCUUCGUCGGCCAAGGUAGUUUCGGCCAAAAGUAGGAGCUGGAAGAACAGCGUCGGGGCGCAGGCUAAUCCUGCGCCUGUAGGUGGGCACGGCAAGCGCGGACGACACUGCGCCACAGGCAAGCCCUCGGGAAUGCUGGCGCUAGUGCAAAUAGCAAAAUGAGCAACCUCCCAGAGGGGGGCCGGCAGUCCAAGUGGGUCGCUGAUGCAGGGGCAUCCCAUCGCCUCAGGUGACUGGUGACAAAUCUGCGCGCAAGAAGUUCACAGGUGUGACGCUUCCCCUGGGCAUAGCUGGCGGCCCUUGUAAGACAAGGGCCCGAGCUGGGUACUUCAAGUCAAGGAGUUCUCUACUAAAGGCUUGGCAAUAGGGCGCCAUCGUCUUGAUUUGCGUCAGCAGCUCAUCUCUGUGGAAGAGCUAACGCAAGCGGGAGGUGGGCUUCGUUGCGCAAAGGGCUCAGGGGUUCGCUACGAUCUUUCGGGCGAAAGGCACACCGCUGAGCUUCAGACCCAGGGCGGAAUGCUGGCGGCAGCUGUUUCAUUUGAACGAGAAGCGUCUGCGCGCGAUUCACUUAUCUCAAGUGUGUCAGUCAAACCCGCAAAACAUGCGAAGACUGCGCCAGAUAUUGAGUAGCGCGCUUGCUUCAACGUCUGGGGCCGAGUGGUUCUCUUCUGUGUCUGGAUUGUGCUAAGGCUAAAACCUAUGGCCAAGCGUCUCAUAAGAAACAGCGCGACCCAGGUUACAUCACCGAGAACGGGCAUGGCCUGGCCGAUUGUGACACCAUGGGGCCGCUGCCAGCGAGUCACUUAGGUAAAGAGCAAGCUUAUUCUAUUUCUAUGAUAGACUCCCGCGCGGAUUGGGUUGGGCUUGAAGUGUAUGCCAUGGCGCAAAAGUCUGACUUUGGUGCAGCUCGAAGGCAAUACUGCCGCGAGAUGGGCAGGAAACCCAAAAGGGGCCGCGCGGGUCAAGAGCCUACGUUGAGGGGGCUUGGUAGUACAUGGAAGCUGACAGGUGCGGCGUUGGGUAUCCAUUUCACGCAUUCAGUUCCUUACGAACCUCAACAGAGUGGCAAGGUCGAACGCUGGACGCGCAUGAUGGCGGGCGCCAUCUGGGCGAAUAUCCAAGGAGUAGGCCCAGCCGUCUGGGAGUGGGACUGGUGCGCGCGCUCCGUUGCGUACGUGUUUAACCGUCUACAGAGGAGGAAAGGCAAGCCAAGCGCCUAUCAGAAAAGUCUGAGGUCGUCGGGAGUGCUUCCGUGAAGUUCGUGGAAGACUGCACUGUCCCACUGAUGCGGUAGAUUCUCCCAGGGCUGGCGGUGAUCUGUUCCAUAUGAAGCGGACACUGCGCGUAGCUGAUCGCGCCGAUGUUGUAGGGAGGAGUCGCGACCUCUGUGCAGCACUCGGAGGGGGCGGCGGUGAGCGACUGCAAACUUCAGAGGGGGCGGAUAGCCCGGAGGCCAAGAGACGGAAAACGGAGAACCCAUCAGGCGCAGAUGGUUCCUCAGGCAGCGAGGUGGCUGAUGCUGGCAAAGGCCCAGCGGGCCAGACAGUGAGGCUCUGGCGAUCAGCCGACAGGUGGAAGCCCGUCGUCGUUUUCAUCAGCUGACGGCCAGCCGCCGGCGGUGGGGCCGAUCGCCUGUCGAUAGAGGCAAAACAGAGAAAGAAGCGGGACGCUUAGGAGCAGGGCGACUUGAUUCGAGUAAGUUUCAUGCUUGGGGCAAAGUCUUAGCCGGCGCGCAACUGCCUCGGGGAGGUCCUCCGACGGAUUCCCCAGAUUGUUCGCACCUAAUGGAUGAAGAUCCGAAUCCCUUCAAAAUGGUCAAGCGUGGCGGAACGAUGACCAGCACCAGGGUACAGCUUAGGCGAGGCCGUCCUACGGGCCUGACAAAAGAGCAGUGCCUGCACUGGAAGGCCAGUGGUCGAAACUCGAAAGAAGAAAACGGGGAAAGGAGCUCAGCAAGAACUUCCACCGGAUGACAUGGCAGAAGCUAACACCGCGAGCGUGUUUACAGCUUUUGGGGGUCCUGUGUUGGAUCUUGAGGAGCAGGGGGCGGCAAUGUCUUUUACUGUUCAGGCCACUCGUGCUGAAGCCAUGGAGGGCCCUGACUCUGUGAAAUUCAUGGAGGCCGACAACCUUGAAAAGCUGCAGCUAGAGAGCUGUAAUGCUUGGCGAGCUCUGCACGAUGGUGAACGUAACCAAGGACGACGAUGAAGCCGCCCCUUGUCUUUGUGUUGUCAUAUACACAAAGAAGCGACUUGGUAGAUACAAGGUUCGCUGCGUUGCUUUAGGCAAUAGGCAGGCGGAAGCUAGUAGGGCUGAGACCUUCCCGCCAACAGUCUCGCACGCGGCUGGCAGGGUGUUGGUAGUUGAUGCGGCUGCCAAUGGCAAAGCCUUAGGCGAGUUUGACAUCUCUAGCGCAUUCGUUAGGGGCGAGCUCGGGAGUGGUGGGCGUGCGUUCGUUAGACUUCCAACCAAAGCACUGGCUUGCGGACCCACGUGGGGACGCUGUGAGACUAUUGAAAAGCCUUAACGGGCUGAGGAUAGCACCUAGAAAGUGGCGCGAUUGCUCUGCUAGCUUCCUACUGAAAGCAGGUAGGGUGGGAAAGAUGUCCCGCCGAGCUUGGUCUCUUCUGGUGCAAGGGUGUAACUAUAGCCACCUACGUCGAUGACCCACUAGUUAGCGCCUACACACAGGAGGAAGUAGGCAAAGUGAUCAGAGAAAUACUGGCGCACUUCGAUGGUAAAGUAAUUGGCGUUGAAUGGUCUGCGGGCAAGUAUGUAGGGAACUCAAAUCCGCGAUAUCUUGGGGGUGUGAUUGUCGUACCCCAGAGACAGAGAGCCGAAGGAGAUGAAACGCGGCGCAGAACAGUCCAGCAAGAAGCUGGCUGAGAAGUUCCAGGCAGAACCAGGCAGGGCCACCCAGUCGCCUUGUGUUUAUAGCGAUCUCGCUGAAGGCUCAGAAGUUUGAAGCUCCCCAGUGAGAAGCCUCGUCGGGGGUUUGCAGUACAUUGCUACACAGGCAAGGCCUGCUUGCUUAUUUGCGGCGAACCGCGCUGCGAGGCAUGUCAUGCCUCUGACUUCGGCAGUCGUCAGAGCUUCCAAACGUAUGCUGCGGCACAUGCUGCGCGGAGCGUCUUGUGGGGUUGAGUACAGUCCAACCCGGGAGAGAGAAUGCUUCCAGACUUCUGCGGAAGUCUUCAAGAGUCAAGAGAGGCCUGACUUACGAGGCUUUGCGGCGUUUUCUGGUGCAGAUUAUGCGGGGCGUGCUGUCGCGCUGCGUAGUUGCUCAGGUACUAUACUCACUUAUAGGGGUGCUUCAGUUGCUUGGAGCUCCGGAAGGCAAUCCAUCAGAGCAGCUAGCCUCGAUUGUUCGACGCGCUACGUCCUGGCUUUCCUACGUGGUACAGGGCCGCGCUUCGUGCUUAACUGGGUGGACAUGAAGCGCAUCCGGAUGAGGAGACGAAGCUAGUAGCUAGCUAUCGGAUUUAGAGGCGCAGAGCUUGCGCGCUGCGCAGGCUUUAAUCGUUUUGGAGGCAUGUGGUCACUCUCACACUAUCCGCAAGCGGCGGCAGUCGUCUUGCUGGGUCGUGCAUACUUUUCGCAAGGAGCAGGCCUAUACAUAGUCUGAAAUCUAGUUAGUUAAUAGCGGCGACUUGCACACUUCCGGCAAGGAGCAGUCUCCCGCCUUUCAAUUACUAGCCUCCACAUGCGUUGACUAGUUAAACUGCCUCGCGCGCGUCCACUAGAUAAGCGUAGUCGCUACUAACUUACUCACGUCAUAGGAGAGUAGCCUAUGGCGGUAGUGUCGCUUUUUUAGUCCAAAUCUAAAAAGCGCGGCCCUUGUUUGAAAUUGAUCUCGCGACGGCUGUUCUUUUACUCGGUCUUUGUCUUUUCGCUCUAUGUGCACCGGUGUCGUUGAGUGCUCGAAUAUUUGUUACGGCGUAUUGAGUGACGUUGCGGAUCUGAGUAUAUCCUGGAUCUUAUCUUCUCUGUCGAUGUCGUCUGUAAAGGUCAUUCCUUCGUGCUUCGUUUGCUCUCGGUAACUCGUGUCUCUGAUUCGGGUGUCCCUUCGCGAUCAGCGAGUACUACGAGUCGCUAACGAGUGACGCCAUGCUUCUCCUUUUUGGCUUGCGUAUAGUUCGACUUCGUGCUCUUAACUCUGCUCUUAACUAAGACUACGAAGCCGGCCACCCAAGUGGCCAGCUUGUUAUUUGGGGUUUGGAUGCGAUCUCCAUCUCGCGGAAGGCUAGUAGUGGUGAAUCGGUGCCCAUGGUUGCUACUAGCGCGGCGGCUUCUAUGAGAUGCGAGCACCCACCCCCCCGCACUCCCCGCCCCGAGUCUGGGUGGUGGGACGCCAUGGGCUGACGCAUCUCCUUAAUCACCUAAUUCAUAUUUAUUCACUUAGUUACUGUCUCUGCUAUGCCUUUGCGCCUUGUGCGUCUUCGUCUUUCUGCGUUUUCACGAGUGUGAGAGUUGAGUAUUGCUUGUCGUGGUGCUGUCCUGGUCAAUGUGCUCUUCAAGUUCAAGAUCAGGGUCUACUGAAACAAUGGAAUAUAGUACAUACAUCUAAUACUGAUAGAACGCAGUUGUAGAUUUAUGAUCUAGGCAGUAGUUCGUAACUGAUUGCGUCUGUAGUUAGAUUCUCUAAUGAGAGGGACUACAGGCAGCGUAGAUGCGAAUGGGUUCCCGCAUUCGGGGCCAUGGGUGAUUGACGUUAUGGAAGGGAAUGUUGAAACCACAAGAACACAAGUUGUAAACAGCGCUGUGCCAUCGUCUGCUAUUAACUUGGGAUCAACAGAGGAUCGCGCCCGUCUAGUUCUUCCUUGAGCCCUCGAAUCGAGCAGAGAGCAGUGUUGUAUGAAACUUUUUUGGGCUGCAAGAGCCUUCGCCCAGUAGCUAAAAGAAGUUGCGCAACGAUUCAAAAUGUUGAUCCAGGUGUGGUUCAUCAGUAUUUGUUAAGUAUUCAAGAGUAAUGAUGUUUAUUCGAGUAGAAGAAUGUAAAAAUUGUAAAUCUUGCAUCUUCGGGUCCACCCUGAUGAAAAUGGAGAUGGUCCAGCAUGCUUAUUCUUUUGCGGCAGCUUCAAUGGGAUAAUAGAGUAGUCCUAAAGAAAAACCUACAUCUUUUGACUCUAAAAAGAAUAGCGUGACAUUUCAAAAGGACUCUAUCAAGGGACACCAUAACUUCGCCCAAUUCGUAAUCUUUUCCGCUGCAGAGCCGACGACUAUUAUGAUGCACCCACUUUCUUCGUAAGUCGAAACAUCUUCAGUCCGUGUAUAUAAAAAUAGAAGAACGAUCAACAUCGGAUGCAGCAACUGGAAGUAAUAGAAGAUUCAGACAGUCGACCCCGUGAAUGACGAGUAUGCUUCUACCACCACCACAAAAAUAGGAGAACUGAACAAUACAGAUCGCGAUGACCCUCUAAGACAUCAGCGACCGCUACGUCGACCCUGACUGCCACCACAAUUAAGGCGGGCACUUCUAGCAUUUCCUUAUCGUUAUUGAUUGUCCCGCGUGGUCAUCACUUGAUGAAGAUGCGAAGGACGAUCUUCGUCGGAAGCAAGGUGCGUGCGCAUGUGCUUAUCUCUCGACUAAAUACAUAGAGCCAUCUUAGACUCCUUUUCUGCGCAUGGGGUAAGGCGUUCCUGGUGAUCUCCAUCAUCAUACAACUAGGCGACCCCAUUUCGACUACAGCACGUUCGUUGACGCCACAGAGUCCUUCCUCAAGAAGAGCGGACUUUUUAUAUAGUAUGUAAUAGAAUACGAUGCAGGAGAAACUACAAGUACUAGAAGACUCAGAUGAUAGCUCUCUUAAUUAUAUCUCGGCCUCGUGAAUCUCAAUGACCAUAACGAGUGCGCUACUAUCACCACAAAAAUAGGAGAACUGAACAAUACAGAUCGCGAUAACCCUCUAAGACAUCAGCGACCGCUACGUCGACCCUGACUGCCACCACAAUUAAGGCGGGCACUUCUCUUAUUUCCUUAUCGUUAUUGAUUGUCCCGCGUGGUCUGCACUUGAUGAAGAUGCGAAGAACGAUCUUCGUCGGAAGCAAGGUGCGUGCGCAUGCGCCUAUCUUUCGACUAAACAGGGCCAACGUAAGCUCCUUUCCUACGCAUGAGAGAUGGGCGUUUCUGGCGAUCUCCAUCAUCAUGCUCGGAGGCCCCACGUCGACUACAACAUGUUGACGCCACAGGAUCCUUCCUCAAGAAUGACGGACCUAUUACCAUCAACGCCACAGGAUCCUUCCUCAAGAAUAACGGACUUAUUACCUAUGUACCAGGGACAGGGUUCAGGGUAGCGCCCCCCCCCGAGCCCGGGGAGGGGCCGUGGAUCCCCGGACCCCUUUUGGAUUUGGAGGCGUCUGCCGGGAAUGGCAGGCUUCCAAAGGGGCGCAAGGGGCCCUCUCCGCUCCCAUCCAGCCGCCUGCCUAUUUACCCUAGGGGCUUCCGAUGUGCUGGCCCCUCACCGCCGCAGCAGCCGCAGCGUGUCGGGUGUGGAAGGCCUCUGAAGGCGGCAAAAGCGCAAGGCUGAACCCCCUGAGCCGUCUGGCCUGUGCCCUCCGGGCCUUGGUCAUCGGCCUGCUGGCUCUUGCCGCGCAUUUGAAGAGGGCAACCCAGCAAAAGGAGCCAGACCUCGAGACCGUGGCCGCCUUCGGCGGCCUUCUCUCCCGGAGACCUCCAGCCUGCGAGGGUCGGCAGAGGCCGGGACGCCUCUCGGGAACAUGCAGAGAAGUGCAAGGGGGCGCCCGCUCCCAGUUUUGACGCCUUCCACCCAGAGAAUCCGCGGAAAAGAGCGCGCAAGCGCCACCACAGGACCAUCCGCAGGGGGGGGCGUGCGUCCUUGUAUCUUAUCCAAGUGAGUAGGAGGGGUCUCUUAAUUAUAUCUCGACUUCGUGGUCGUGAAUCUGAAGGACCAUGACGAGUGCGCUACUAUCAGUAUCCCCACAAAAAUGGGAGGACUGAACAAUACAGACCGCUAGGACCCUCUAAGACAGCGACGACCGCUACGUCGACCCUGACUGCUACCACAAUUAUGGCGGGCACUAGGAUUUGGUUAUCGUUCGCCGUCAUGACUUGAUGAAAGAAGAUGCGUGGGACGGUGAUCUUCUUCGGAAUUGACAGAAGUACAAUGUGAUGCAUUGACGGUGGAUGGCUUAAUAUCUCUGGACCGAGUAGGAUCCCUACUCAUACUGGGAGAUUGCUCCAUGAGAUGACCACACCGCAGGGUCCCUCCUCAAGAAGAAAAGACUUAAAAGUGGAUACUUAUUUCAACUCUAUUUUACUGACUAAAGUGGAAUAACAACAUGCGAACAAUCCGGCAUGUCGUAGUUGUUGUCGCAAAACUAGAACCGCUAAUGCAACAUCGACGACCGUUGCUCCGGCUGUCGCUGCGGCGACGACUCUUUCUCCUCUGGAUGCCUUGGACAGCAUCACCUCUCAUUUCAUGGAAAGUGCUGUUAUGGCUACUCAUCCUCACCACUUCUAAUAAGCCGCUCUGAAUGAUGUUUUAUCCUAUGUGGUGACUUAUACUCCUGUGUGGAUAGUAAUCCACGUCACUAGUGCCUCUGCUACCACGACCACUUCUAAUACUACUACUGAUCAUAUGAAAUAAAAAAAAGCACUAGUCCUGAUUUUUUGUAAAAUACGUAGACGCCGCAUCGAUGGCGUGCGCCCCUAUCGCGGAACUGCGUGGCUCUUUAGAGGGGUCGACCGAUGGCCACUCUGGGGAAGACGGCCAAGCGUUCACCCUGUCCGCGCCUUUCCCCCAGCAAGAGCAGGAGUCGCCUGCCCGUCUGCCUUUUCAGUGCAGCACCAGCGUCAGAAAUGGCGCGGGAGAGCAGGGGCCAGCAGACCGCUGGGGGCCCUAGGCUUCCCCUGGGAGAUCGCUGGCCCACUCCCUAGCUGCAUUAAAAGGCGACAGAGCCUUAGGCAUUAUUUUGAAAUGUUCUAACAUUUCUCAAGGGGAAAAAAAAAUGUUCUAAUGGGUUUGAAAAUGACGCGAAAAGGUGCCACUUUCAACCGCGUUAGAACUUUUUUUUUCGACACCGCAAAGCUCCAGACUCUAAUGCGCGUGAGCCUAAAAAAAUGGGCAUUUUUUUCUAGCAGGACUAGACAAAAAUGCUCUAACAAUUUAGGACCACCACAAGAAGCACUAGAGUCGGGACAUUUUUGAUCGAAAAAAAAAGUGUUCUAAUGGGUUGCAAAAGGUGUCACGAAGUGGCGCCUUUUGCAACCCAUCAGACGACGUCGGAACCCCAGUGCAGCCAGCGCCAUGGCGGGCCCUGGCCUCGCCAGGGCGUUGGGUCGUCAUGAGUAGAACCUUGCGCGCAAGGCGUAACUAACGAGGCCACGCCGUCGCCGCUUAUCUGCAUCGCAGCGAACCCCCACGCGAGCAGGGUGACCAGCUUGACACCGCCAGCGUAUUCCAGGAAGCGCCACAGUGCCACCAGGUGGCGCAGAAAGGCAGUAGCGCGGGCACGGAUAUCAGGCGCCAAAAACGCGUGAGGCAUUCCAAAGAGCUGCGGCCCCUUGAAAGGCGCCACUAGCUUGCCGCAACUCAGGGCACUCGCCUAGUUGUGGCAUCUAGUAUCAAAUUUACAAAUUUCUAGGACUAGUACUUUUUUUUGUGUCAUAACUGAAGUUACUUAUUCAGUACGGUAUAAGAAUAAGAAUUGGAAGCUGCAAGGAUAGAUUUGAUUUUGAGUACUCAGAGACAGAGUGUUGAGCUUGAGACUCUCUACUAAUUAAUGCAUAGUAAUAUUUUUAGACAUUGCUGGAGCAUUUUGCCGACUUGUAGAAGACUCAAGGAAGUGUGAAGAUAGAUAGUGCACCACGAGAACACACACCACCACCGAGAAGAACGCCAUUUAGCUCUAGUUCUCCACUUGUUCUCGCACUGCAUUAAAGCAAGCCUCAUCGAAGACCUGAGAUAGGUGACCUGUAAUAGGUAAGACGGACGACCGCAUUGAAAUCCUUGUGACGUCGGUGCACCUGGCAUCCUCACUCGAUCAAGAGCCUGAGCUUAAACUUGAACGGAGUAGAAGUAGAUGUAAAUAACGCAUCUCUGAACUUGUAGUAAGUAACGCGCACCUCCUAGCCUAGGAUCCGAGAAGUAGAUGUAGCACGGACCAUGAGUACAUGUAAACUUGGAUCAAGAUCUUCUCCUUGUGUCCUUGUGAGUGACAUCAAGACUAGCUCUAAUGGUGGCGAAAAUUGCGGACAGGACGACGACGAAGACUACCAGCCAGGAGGAAAUGCCACCUUGAACCGCAUCAUUUAUGACUUCGAAAACUGGAAAUGACCGAGUUAGAGUUAGCGACUGACAUGAGGGACGUAGCGUUUAGAGGCUACUCUUUGAUGUUCUUCAGUAUCUCGGUUAUUCUCGGUCGUUACUUGCUUAUUUUAGUUUAUCCCGUAGAUGGACACACUUGCAAUUCUCAUUCAUGCAAUUGAUUCUUGGUCUUGUAAAAGACUUCAUCAGACUUGUACUUGUUCUAGCUUGUUUAGAGUUAGUACAAGUACCUACUUGCUACUACUAGCACUGCUUCUUAUAAAUUAAGGGGUGACCAAGACCACAGGCCUUAUUUGAAGCCAGUCUUAUUCUCGGCAGUUGGCAGUUUUUUGAAGCCAGUAAGAUGUUAGAGAAUCCGUGUAUUGAUUAAUAAGGUAAAGGUAUCUCAUUUUCUAAUUCACCCGCUACGACCCCGCCGACAGCGAGUUGGACCAUCUGACCUUAAGGCCACAACCGCAUAUUGUAUAUUCUAAUACUCUAAGUAAGCUAGGAUCCAAGAACUAUAUCAGAAUCUGCUCUCCUGCGAUCUACAAAGAAAUGCGACGCACGGAACCUGAGACCCGCACCGAAAAUAGAGCAGGACUUGACACGACUAAGUAGGUGGUUGACAUCGACUGCAUGUACAAGGGGUUAGUCUUAGUACUAACUUAGUAGUUUAUCUACUUAACUUCAACUUAUAUCCACCUAGUAAAAAUCCUCUGGAGCUCACUCCAUCUAAUUUCAAACCUGUUAUAUCUAGUAAAAAUCCUCAACAAGAACAACAUUUCUAGUGAUUUUUUAUCUACCUCAGCAUCUCUAGUAAUUUAUCUGCCUCAGUUCCAGCGUCCUCACCCAACUCUUCUUAGGCGAUUUUUCAAGAAGCCGAAAGAAAAAGCCAGGGAGGAACUACUAGCUCUAGAUGACAGAUAUUCGAUAAACUGAAAUAAGAGUGUCACUGCUGAAAAUAGGGGGGAUACUGAACGUAGAAGAGGAAUGUCGUCAAAGUCAAGACUCUCUUAUUUCAGUCCCUAACUCGGUUAUUUUAAGCUUUCGAAUACUUUUGCAACUCCGUGAGCCGGGGUCGCGACUUCUUCUAGGUAGAUGAUGUUUAUGUCUAGAUAGAUUUAGAUGAGAAGUACUAAGAUAAAACAUGCUUAAGUAGAAAUGCGGGCGGGUUUUGCAUCUUGUGCUAAUGAGGAAAUGCGCGAGGAAGUGUGCAGAGUAUGUGGUGACAGGAAACGAAGGAUGCGGCGGAUUUGUCUACGAAAAGCACGCGGUCACAGACUCUAGCUAUGGCCUCCAUUAUUAUAUAUAAAUAUUGGCGUUUUAAGUACCGACGUGGGGCGGGCACUUGUUAGAGGCAAGAAGUUACUUAUCGGGGCCAAGAAGUUGUUAAUUGUUGGUAAUUGAUGAACAACGAAGGGACGAAACCGAUAAAGGAUGAAGUAGUGCCAUAAAUACAGGCCGCUAUUCUUAGUUCGUGAGCGAGGCGGUAGUUUGGUAUUUAUUGCAAUGGCUCCUCCCGGCUUGCUCUUGCAGCUGCAGAGCUGGUUGAUUAGUGGUCCUUCGACCUUCUCAAACUUUACAUAUUAAUUUAGUAGUCAUUCUCAAACGUAUACAGGAUAAAUAUCGAAAACCGCUAACGUCUUUAGUAUAGGUACAUGCAGACUUUUAGAGCGGCGAUAGGAGUAAACACCCUGCACCAUUUUGGGGGUUGUUUAUUCCUAUCCUGAAACCGAGCGACCCCGACGAUAGAGAGAAACGCGACGGCAAGAACCGCCGCCGUCUCGAGUUGUGAAAAUCGUGCGCAGUUUUGCCUGUUCGUUGUGUUUAUUCCUGCCCCGAGAGAGGCCGCCCAGAUCGUGCCUCCGUCUAUCGUUCUGCAGAGCAGUCGGCCUGGAGCGGAACUGGAUUGGUGAAGGGGUUCGACUUCGAAAUCGCAAAAGAUGCGAAGGUCGUGCGCAUGGUUUGCGCCGUAGCUAGUCUGCUGAGAGUCUUUGCUUCGCGUUCUGGUCUUUUUCUUUUUGUUUGUUAAAUUCAGUCCGUAACGCGUUGAGCGCUGUGCUGAUUAUGCUAGUCUUGGCCCAUGUUGCCGCAUGUGAGAGAGGUCCACCCUGCCCGAAUUGGUUGCUGCUGUUUGCUGGCGAUCUGUUGAGGGUUGAGCCAUACAAAAGCUGAAGCCUUGGAGUGGUCUCGUUGAAUAAUUGGAAGCGACUGAAAAAGGCCGGCCGUGACUGGCAACGCAUUGACAAAGCAACAAGCUUACUCGCUUCCAAUUCGAGACCACACAUGGCGUUUCCACUUUUUUGCCCCCCCUCUCCCCAAGUUCUUAGUGUAUGCAUGACGCAACGACCCCGCGCCAUUCUCUUUGCCCCUGAAGAUUCUGGCCCUUUUCAUUGUUCGGCGUGUUUGGCUCACGGGGCAAGUGCUUGCACUCCGCUCCGGAGGGUCUCUGGUUCGAAUCCUGGAGGGGACUCGACUGGCAGGGAGGCGGCCCUCAGGCUGGUUGCCGCCUCACACCCAGGGGAGAAACAAACGGGGACCGCGCUGGGCCAGACAGUGCGGGGAGAUGAGACCCAAGGGGAGCCCUCUGAGCAGCUGACGGCACCGCGCCCACGCGGUCCAUCGUGUGGCUCACAGCCCUGGCCACAACUGGACGGCGUCAGCUCAUCUGAUGAGUAGCCGGGCGGGCUGGGUGAUGCAUAAACACAAGGGGCGCCACCUGGGCAAGGCCUCAAGGUCAGGGGCUGGCUGCGUGGUGUCCAGAGGGGAACCCUCUGCACCCGAAGCGCCAGCAGGUCGCGGCCAGGCGACCGCCCUCCCCAGAUCGGGGAGGUCCCCCUCUCUCUCUCUCUCUUCGGCGUGUUUGGCUUUCUUGCUUGUUGCGCAAACGAGUGGAAUCAGUCACGGAUAAGCACAGCACAGCGCGCGCGAAUUAGCUCACAAAGCAUGGCGGUGCCCGUGUAAGCCCGUGGUCUACGUAUAGGCAUGCCCUCGAAGCCAUGAAAAUGAGAAGCAUCAGGCCGGUGCGCUGCCACCAGGUUAGUCGCUAGGGCUACGUCGUUGGGUGCUUGCUAUGUUUGUCAGUGAUUUCGGACCUUCGCCCCAUUCAUUUCGUGCCUUAAAAGCGCCCAGCCUUCCCGCGCAAUGAAGCUAACCUCCUGACGGGACGCCGACCGUGUUUGUGCUCCCGCGCCGUCUGUGUUGUAAAUCUGUCACCCUCUGCCUCUGUGUCUGUCGUUUCUUUGUCUGUGCCCUUCGUGCCACGAGUGUCGUGCCGAUCUUUCAGCACGUAGAUUGCUCUGAGGCAUUUCAUCUGUGCGCAUUUCCGUCCCGGUCUUCUCCGUUCGAUUAGGUCGCAGCAGUAUGCUCCAGCGCUGCCCCUUCUGGCUUCUUUAAUGGUAUUAGAGUUGUAUGAUCGUGCAGCGUCUUCCAGCGUGGCCUGCUCUUAGUUGCCGCUGCGACUUAUGUGAGGGCGCCUUGUUUAUUCUUAUCGUUCUGUUUCCGUCUAUCGUUCUGCACACAAUCAUCACCGUCAUUCAUCUGGUAAAAAAGAAAACCCCGCAGGACGCACUAGCGCUACCUUUACCGCGACGAGAUGAUGCUAUAAAUUUAGAUAGCAGAAGAUAUUACUAAUUACACUACCCUUCUACUCGUCUCCUGCUUCUAUAUCUAUUUCUAAUCUAGCGCGAACCUGGCUGGUGAAGCGAGAGCCUGCACGCUGCGCCGCGGCCCGGCACAGACCUCUCCGAAUUGCCCUGAUCUCGGCACAGAUACUUAAGGAUCACUCCUAGAAAUAGAAAAAGGCAAGUACUAUCAUGGUGAUAGAUGUAAGAACGUUCAUGACUAGCGAUCAAGCGAGUCGCGCUGUAUAAGCUUUGGCUGGGGAGAUAAUCGAGACCGUGUAGCAACAACGGUCCUUUUUUCUGUUGUGCAUCCUCUAGGUGGUUCAAGAACUGUGUAUUUAUCAUAUCCGAUUUAAUUGCUAGCACAGGAGCAGAACUGCAAUGCACCUGCUACAGCUACUAUGUAUGAUCUACAAAAUACUAACUUAAGUACUACGAGAACGAAUGAGAAUAAGCCUAGUAGCGACAACAGCAAAUGGGGAUGAGGGUACAGCAGCAUGUCGUAACAAAAACGCAACAGACUGACUAUAGUGAUAGACAGCAGAGGACCCUUCUAAAAUGCGGUCUCGUUCUACAAGCGCAUGGCGGGAGUAGUGGUUCUCAAGUAGAGCCGCUUUUGUUCUUAAGGACGGAACUUACAUUAGACGUGGAAAAAUAUUCUUGGAAAAACUCGCACAAUAGAAGAAGCGAAAGGUAGAACACUCACUUCUCCAAAGCUAUAUUGAUAAACCCUGAACACUCACUCUCUCCAAAGCUAAUAGAAUUUAGAGAAGUGUGUUCUAUAAUGAGUCGGGUAUAUUUCUGAGAUGAUCAGUAACAGUAUUUCUCAUCCCUAAGCAAGUAGCGUCUUUGGCCCAUGGAUAGGUUUUCUAUCGAGGAUGUUUCUAGGAAUUACUGAAGUAGUGGCGACUGAAAGGCGCACUCUAAUUCUCGGAAUUUAAAAGAUGAACAGAUGUAGUAGUGAGAAGGUGGAGGGAGAUAUCUUCAGGACGGUGGGGAGGAGAUAUCAUUGCGGUGGAAGGUAGCCGUUGGUCUGGAGGUGAGAGGGAAUAAAUGUGGCGGAGGUGAGAGGGAAAAGUGGUGGAGGUGAGAGGGAAAUGUGGCGGAGGUGGAAGGGAGAUGCUGUUUCGGGAGAUAUCAUUGAUAUCACUGGGUUGGGAGCGGUGGUCUUAUUUGGGGUUGAACGACUUACAGAAGGCGUUCUCGUUUGGAGUACUUCGAAUUGAUUCAUUCAUAUUUUGUAGACGGAAGUAGCGGAUGGUGGAGGAGGACAAUGUCCUUAACCUUAAGUAUUUGAAUAUGGUUAACUCCUGCGCCUGUUAGUGAGGUCUCUAUAACUUCACUUCUGCGUCUUCGAGUUAGCCUGUUCACGAAUGGCUACUACUUCCACCACUCCUUCUGCAUAUUACUUUUACUUGUUCUAUGGAGAUAUGUAUGAUGUCUAAGUACUACUAUUUCGGGACGUUUGUUUCUUUCAUGGAUGAGGAUGAGAUAAAGAUUGUAUUUAAUUAUAUAUAAUUAUGCUACUUAGUUAUCCAAGUUGACGACCUUGAGACGUCGUUGGCUAAGUCGUUUGUUCGCGUUAAUUUCAAAAAAAAUUGUUCUGUCCUUGUUAUUGUUUCUUGAAAUUUGUCUGCUGUCACUGUAGGAUGUUCAAGAUUCAUCCUCGGGCUUCAGUUCCGUCAGAAGGGAGUGCGUAUGGCCGCUGACUUGAUCCUCGACGGGUUAGUCAUCUUAGGACAGAGCCUCCCCGACGGCAUUACGCGCUCGGUGUGAAGUUACACUUUUUCAGUAUCUAUUUAAUUAAAAUUUUACAUGGAUCAACUCGUCGUCAAUAUCUAAACAUUUAUCAAGCUGACCCGGUCUUUUUAGGAUGUUGAGGAAAGGAACAAGAGAAUCCACAAAUACAAGGGACGGAUUUCCAUUUGUAAUACGAAGUAAGGCAAUGAGUAGUUCUCUAGUACGUGCAGGGUGUAGCAAAACGUUAAAACGGUGUGACUGCACGUUCAAGAAAUCUCUUACGUACUAUGCAUUCAUUCUAAGCCUCAAUUGUAUCAUCCUAGGCGGGCGUCUCAGACGGGGGCGCCUCCUUCGUUUUUGCUAGCGAGCUGCUGCCAGCCCUGUUCUAGUGCGCUCGUGCCUCGACGAGGAAGUAUUAUCGUAUCUAGUUACGUACACGAGCUUAUUUGCUCAAUGGGUACCAGUAGGUCUGUACCAAAAGGUAUAGACCUAGUGCACCAAAUAAGCGCACAAGGGGAGACACGGACAAUCAGGAUCAGCUACCUGCUGUAUGAGUAACUACAGCACCAUGCUGCUUUUAUACUACAAAUCUGCCUGGCUCCUAGCAGCUCCGCCGUCCUAUAGCUACACCAGGUAAUUAUACCACCACCACUGCUAAUCAAUGUUCUCCUAUGAGAUAAUGAUAAAAAGGUGUGGCGCACUUUUAGUCAUUUGUUGUUGCUGCUACCGUAGCUGUACUAUGAGGAAGAGGCAGGCUUGUAGUGCUUUAUAUAUUCAUUUACUUCAGGACAAGAAGAACGGGACCACAACGACAACUGGAACAAGUACAAUUUAGCCAAAAAUAUUUACUUUCCUUCAAUUAUAGUCGUCCUCGUCUUCAAAGCGUGCACACACCAAGUGAAAGUAGGAGUAGGUUGGCUCGCGGGGCAUGUGGCCAUCAGUGUGGCAGUGGGGCGAGGUUGCCAGUGGCUGGACAGCGCUGCUUUCGUAGGUAGGAUAGGGGUAACCUAUUCGCCGUUCACAGGGGUAGCCUGUAUACUGAGGCGGAAGAUGAGAAGUCUGCUACUUCUGCUUAAGUGUACACGCCGUUCGUCGUGUCAGUAGCAGACUCACAUGGAUGAGUAGCCUGGAGAUACUUUUCGUCGCGUACUACUGGAAAAAGUUGGAACGAAGCAGGAAUGAUGAACAAGAACAGAAACAUCUUACCUUUUAUUUCAAUUCGAAGAAAAGACGGAUCUUGCAAUCAUUUUUCACUUUCACAUUUUUCUCGUAACAACUUACAACAGGAAGAGGUUAUCUACUAACUUACUACGUCUAUCGGCACUACCCAUUGCACAAGCAGUCCUCAAUACGGAACUAAAAGGAAUUACUGUUAUUGUUAUACCCGUUCUACCUCCGAGCAAGAUUUUGAAUUUUCAUACCUUGAGCACGAAAGUUACAACAUAAAAGAACAGCCAGAGCAAUUCCGUAUCACUAUCAGUGAGUUUUUUUUCAGAUCAUUAUCAUCAUGACUAUAUCAACACACGAAAUAUGUAUCAAGUUUUUUUUUGUUUUCACAAAGUGAAACCAAGAUUGAUAGGUAUGCUGCUCAUCAAUCACGAAACGACGUAAACGUUAGUACUCCAAAGUAGGGACUGCGUUCGCGUACAGAAACAGAAUACAUAAUAUAAAACCGAAUACGAGAUGUUGCUCACGAAUAGCAAGUUGUCUUGACUGAAAAAAUAGAAGCAAAGCUGUAGCAGGCAUGCACACAGGAGGCGCCGAGGAAGCAGCGCAGCAAGUGUUUGG